AUGGCUCCUAUAAAAUCGCUUGCCGAGCUGUGCAUCGCGGUAUGCCAAAGACACAUUACUGAACUCAGCAGUGUUGGAAACGGCGACACCCUCCAAUACCACCAUGUCCGCGACAUCCUCAUGAGGGUAACGAACCCAGCCCAGCUCCGCGAGAUCGAACUCAACUCCCCUCAUAUCCAAGGCGAAACGUCCGAACUUUGGCUGCGCCUCAUCAAAAAGGAGUUUCCGACUGAAAGCCACGAUAAAAACUACGCGCCUAAGAAUCCGUCGAAGUGGUACAAGAUAUACGAACGAUAUGCCGAGGAGCGCCGUCAGGCUCAACAGCAGGCCGAGGCCGAGUUGCUUGCAAGGGUUCAAGGCCUGCAGCAGAAGAAGGAUAACAAUGUCAGCAGGAUCGUCGAUCCAAAGUUUGCAAGAUUCCUACCAAAACCACCCAAGACAGGCCGCACCUUCGGAACGCGAGGCCGAGGGGGAAAGGAGCUCCCCAGCUCCCUCAGCUUCGCGGCUGGAAGCAGAAUGAAGACAACCACGGGCGCCAGCGUCAUGAAGAAAGCCCGUAGAGAGGCCAAGGAAAUUGUCGGCAUAAGAAGCAACUUGGCCGUUCCUACAGGCUUAAUCAGAGCUCCGCGACUCAGCAAGGCUCCGCCUUCGAUGGCCGCCGAGCAUCGGAUCUCGACUCAGCCAGUAUUUCGGCCCACAUCUACCAGCAACCGGCCUCCCACGCAUUCUACAUAUGUCGUGCCAUCCAAGACCACGUAUGUUUCUGACUCGUCAGGCGAUGAAGGUGGCGAUCUGUUCGGCGAAGAGGGAACGCCCAAGCAGAAGGGCAAGGCCAGUAGCAUUAGUGGCCCUAUCUCUCCCUCCAAGUUCAAACCAUCUUCAUCCUCAUCGAGCUCGCAGCCGGCAGGUCUACGACGUGGCGGUGGCAUUCUCGGAAAUGCGCAUCGGCCGAAGAGCAAUAUUAGAGUCGAACGACCCAAGCCUAACCCCGAACCAGCGACUAGGAGUACAGAGCCAUCCCGCGCCCACAAACUGCUUGCCCAGAGCAACGGCCCGCAGUCGCCGCCGCUGCCCGCAUCCCUUGACGAGAUGCAACCGGCUCGUCCAAUCUUGGGCAACCAGGAGCUGCCUAGAAAAAGAAAGGCGGUUGACAUCUUCAUGCCCAAGAAAAAGGGCAGACGUUGA